AUGGAGCAACAGAAGGAAGAAGGGACAGGGCCGGAAGGGAACAACCUGUCCCUGCCGUCACCUGGGACUGAGCCUUUCCCAACCCCGCCAUCUUCUCUCCUGGGCACCCCAGAUCCAGCCCACCUGGGGCUCCCCGAGAACCUGGCCUCUGUCACCGUCCCCAUUCGCCUGGAUGCCCUCUCUUACCUCCUGCAUAGCGCCCUCCUGGGGGCCUAUACCCUGCAGCAGUCUCUGCCCUCCUGCCCCUGCCACGCGCAGGCUUGCCGUGCCCAGCCAGGUGCUGCCAGGAGGCCAUUCAGGGGACGUGGGGGCUGGGACACCCCUGAAAGACCAGGUUGGGGCUGGGGUCAGCAGCGUCGGGGACCUGGGAGGUCUGGGCAGCCAAAGAGGGUCUGGGCAGGGGAUGCUGAGGCUGGCCCCAGGACCCCACCCAGGAUGCCCUCGUCACCACCACCACCACCACCUACCCAGGAUCAGAAGAAGGAAGCCCAAGGUCCGGAGACACCGCUGGCCAUGCCACCUGCCACUGAGGACUGGGACACUGAAUACUAGGGCCCCAAGGGCCCAGUACCAUGGAGUCUGAGAGUGCCACUCACAGUCAUCCAGAGGCUUUUCCUGGAGCCUAGGGUGACCUCAGCCUUGUCAGAGCUACCCCAUUCCUCUCCUUCCCCCAAACGAUGGCCUCAGCAGUGGGGCCUGGGAGUACCCCGGUGAAACCUAGACCUGGCUUAGGAUCCCAAGUGGGAAAAAUCCUUGAACCUCACACCCAGUGCCUCUCCGCAGCCCCAACUAUAGUGGCAGCUCUCGGCUCACUCUCAACCCGAGGGCUCCUCCAGCCCCAUCCGGACCCCAUUCUCGAUCCCAAGCCAUUCACCUGCCCUUCAACCCCUUUGCAUCCCCACCCUCAGUACCCUAUUCCCAAUCCCUCAUCCUCAGCCUCCUCAUCCUCAUCCCCCACCUACUUCAGGUCAGCCCAACCCUCAUCCUAACUUCACCCUAAACUCAGCCCCAAACCCAACCCAUCUUCCUUCCUCUCCUGGCCCCAACUGUGACAUGGCCUGUGACCCCACCCACGAAGAAUCCCCUGGGCCCAGUAUACCCA